GGGUUUGGGGCCUCCCUAUGGGGCUCCGCGCCCCACUUAAAGUGGGGAAAUUACGGAAAAACCCCCUUUACAAGAAUACGGAAUAUUAAAUUUCGUAUUCAAUACGGAAUAUAAAGUUCCGUAUUAUAUUACUAUGUAAUCGACAGGGGUUUUUUCAAAACUCAUUUCAGCGCUCCAAACCAUUCCCAACCCUUGCUCUGCAAUCUUCGAGACCGACGCUCUCCUUGCUUCAAUCAUCAUCUGGACAGGGUACCAUCGUCUCCAUCAUCAACCCCAUUCUCCCCAUUCAUUGCAUUGAACCUAGAGUGAGAAUGAAGAACAGAAAGAGGUCUCGAGCUAGUGAGGAUGCGGGGCCUACAGAGGAUAGACACCGGCGAUUACAUGCUUCUAGCCGGCGCGGCGAUGAUGCUGCGACCUCUCACGCGGUUGAGGCUUCAGCUCCAGCUCCAGUUGAUUCUAUGCAGUCGCCCAUGGUAGAGGCUUCAGCUCCAGCUCCAGUUGAGCCUACUGAUCGAGUUCCUACUCCGCCGUCUCCCAUGGUUGAGGUACCUCGCCAUGAGUCACCAGGCGAGGAGUCAUCAGGCGAGUCGUCAUCCGGCGAUGAGUCAUCCGGCGAUGAGUCAUCCGACGAGGAGUCAUCCGGCGAGGAGGGGUCAUAUGACGAGGAUAGUAUUCCUCCUCCUGAUGUUGAUGCUGAUGUCGUGCCAGAGGCACAGGGUGGCGAGGAGGACCUGAUCCAGAGGUUGCCGCCGUUUCCGGGGGGGCCUGUUGAUCUGUCGCUUCUCACGCAUUAUGCUGAUCACAAGGCUCCCUGGACGUGGCAUGCACUCCUACGCACAGACGAGCGGUAUGUGGACCGUCGACACUUGAGGGUGGCCACAGCUGGGGGGAAGGUUUGGAACCUUGCUUGUGAUGGUGAUUCAGACAGUCACAGGAGGGUUCGAGAGUUGAUUGAGCAGACGGGUCUUCAUCAGCUACCCUGGUGCAGCUACUCGGAGACAGAUGCAAGCCUCAUUUUGGCCCUUGUGGAGCGAUGGCAUGAGGAGACUAGUAGCUUCCACAUGCCGUUUGGGGAGAUGACCAUCACCCUGGACGACGUGUCGGCUCUUCUCCAUCUCCCAAUGGGGUCGAGGUUCUAUACGCCUGGGAGGGGGGAGAGGGACGAGUGUGCAGCGCUAUGUGCUGAGUUGAUGGGAGGAUCUGUUGCUCGUUAUCAUGCUGAGUUUGAUAAGAACAGGAGCCAGACUAUUCGCUUUGAGGUCUUGCAGACCCUGUAUGAUGCUGCGUUGGAGGAGCACCGAUAUGAGGACGCUGCACGGAUUUGGCUGGUGAACCAGCUAGGCGCGACGCUCUUUGCUAGCAAGAGCGGUGGAUACCACACGACCGUCUACUGGAUAGGUAUGUUGCAGGAUCUCGGUCGAGUGUCCGAGUACGCGUGGGGCGCGAUUGCGCUCGCUACGUUGUACGACCAGCUUGAUCGAGCGUCCAGGAGGGGGACGACCCAGAUGGGAGGUUUCAGCUCACUCUUGCUAGGAUGGGCCUACGAGUACCUUUCUGAUCGCGUCAUUAUCCGGAGGGCGGAUCCGGAGUACUCGCAGGACCAGCCUAGGGCGCGGCGGUGGGUUAUGUCCCGGGUCGGGCAUGCAGGCCUCGAUGAGAGGCGAGUCAUGCUCGAUGAGCUGACGGUGGAUGACAUUAUAUGGACCCCAUUUGAGGACCAUCGGGCUCAUCGACCACGGGAUCAGAGGGCCAUGUAUUCUGGCUACAUCCGGACGCCAUUUGGCCGUGUUGUUCGACGACAUCUACCAGAGAGGGUUCUGCGCCAGUUUGGCUACAUCCAGGAUGUCCCUCGACACCCCUCCGAGAUCCAGACGACUGGGUCCCUUGCUGAGACCGCAGAUGCUGCCUAUGCUGAUUUUGUGCCGCACCUGCGCCCUCAGGGGAUCCCUGCUACUCAUUCGGGAGAGGCUGUGGAGGAGUACAUGAGGUGGUAUGGCGGUGUGUCCCAUCGGUUCAUCAUCCCUGAUGAUAGGAGGGAGGAGUUCAGUGCUGUGACGGUUGUGCGUUGGGUCGUGGACUUGUUGGAGCAGUCACUGGAGGUGCCAGAUGCUCUUGCAGUUGGCACGCAUGCCCGAUCCCUCACUGAGAGGGCGCUGGAUCUUAUUAGAUCCAGCGCAUUCAUCGGUACCCAGGGAGUAGCCUUUGCUGCUGUCCGAGGAGCUGGAGCUGCAGGAGGCAGAGGUCGUGGAGGUAGAGCGCGUGGAGGCAGAGCCCGUGGAGGCAGACGGAUGAUCAGGAGGAAGAGUGAGUCGAGAAUGUAAGGCAUUAACCACAUGUCUGGACCACAUUUCAUCAUACAAUCCUCUGUGUCGUUCAAGUUCGUCUAUCAACGCUUCCCUAACACAUGGCCAACCUUCCUCACCUGAUGGUAGUCCCAGUAAUGCAGCAAUGACUCUAUAGCCACAGUUACCAUCGUCCUCAACAUUCUGAACUCUUUGAUCUCCCUAUCAACAUGCUCAAAACCUGAAGGAUCACGAGUCAAGGAUCCUAUUGCUUUAACCUUGGGUGGUUUUCUUUCGUUCGCCUUAAGAGUGCGCUUGGACCUUAUCUGAACCUCAGGAGUACAAAGUGAACUGCUUUCAGGACAAUAGAUAGCUUGAAGCUUCCUCCUUACCAUACUCUGCCCUCCAGUAUCCAAAGAACUGAAAUAAUGUGUCAAUGCCUCAACUUCUGGUUGCAUAUCUCCAUGGUUCAUGCCGCAAAUAUGGUUGUUGAUAGUAUCUGCAACAGGUUCAGGUACAUGCUCCCAACUCAGUCUCUUCCAGAAUGGAUGAAUUGACUCAUAUGGAAUUCUUUCAUAACCUGCAAGUUCACAAAAGUGUCACUUUCAAUAACAAAUAGAAUUAAUUGACAAGAGAGUGGUUGACCGGUGACCUGCAAGUUCACAACCGCAAGGUAGUCCAUGAGUCUCUCUCAACAAGCAAUCGCAUCCGCCGUAGGACUUCAUUCUUAUAUGUUCAUCGUCGAUGAGCUGCAGGCAUUUGUUUGACACAAAUCCUCUAAUAUUUGUGUAAAAUGGGAACAUGAAAAUGUGAUCAAUUCUGUGAAUACUGCGCUCAAACGAUGCUAAUAUUUCAGUAUGUCGAUUACAUGUCAAACUAUGCGACGCAUCCCAAGAAGUGGCUAGGUCACCCUUGCAAUCCCGCAACAUCUUCUUCAAACUGGCAUGUGCACCCUCAGCCCUGCAAACAACAAACAGAUAUCUUAUUAACUCUCCAAUGUAAACAAUCUAUCAAAUGAAAAACAUAUAACAAGGCAUAAAUUAAGCUCAUAUAA